AUGGCCGGUGUCGCCCCCGGAAAGACCUUCACUCCAGGUUUGGACUUCAGCGGGCAGUCAUACAGCAACCUCGCGAGGAAAGUCGAAGCCGAUGUCUCACGCGCAAAUGAGAUUAUCAAGGAGAAGCUCCCACUUCUUGGUGAGCUCAAGGCUCUGCUUCAGAUCAGCUUUGGGGACAACCCGCCCUUUUUCAUCGACGCACGAUCUGGCACCGCGUCUAUCCUUGCUUCGACCAAGGACGAGCCUGACACGAAGCUAAACAUCAAGCCUGAGUACAUUGCACAGUUCUACGACGGCAAGCUUGAGCCACGAUACGGGCUUUUCAAAGAUGCGUUCUUCAACCAGGCAUCCAUGCCCUCGGGGAGCAUCCCCGUGGCUAUCAAGUUUGCCGAUCUGGUGACUCCGAACCCUCCUGUGCCGCCGAAGCAUGCUGAUGCAUUCGUCAGGCUGCCAAAGCCAACUGAGGACAUCGAGCAGGUCAAGCGAGAUAUCAAGGAGUUCGGAUACGGUCUUGUCAAGAGCGUCCUGACGCCCGAACAGUGCGCCAUCAUGAAGAAGGCCGUACAGGAACAGGCCGCAGGCGAGCGUGAAGCGGGCAUCGCGCAGAUGGACGGCGGCCCCCAGGGCCCGAACCAGCGGCUCUGGACUCUGGUGAACAAGGGCGAGGACUUCUUGGACCUGCUCAACCACCCCAUCAUCGACGAGAUGAUACCGUGGUUCCUGGGCGAGCACGCCAUCAUCACGACGUACACGGCCAACAUUGCGCGGCCGGGCAACCUGCCCAUGCAGCUGCACACGGACCAGGUGGCCGUGCAGCCGCCGAUCCGCGACCUGGCCUUUGGCAUGAACAUCAUGUUCUACCUGGAGGACGUGACCGAGAAGAACGGCGGGACGCGCGUGUACCCGGGGUCUCACCUGGGGCAGGUCGCGCCGCCAGACAUCUUCACGGUAGAGGGGACGGCGGCGGCGGCAGCACCGGCCGGGUCGGCGCUCGUGUUCGAGAGCCGGCUGUGGCACGCGACGGGGCCGAACCGCGAAGCCGCCGGCGAGCGCCCCGUCAUCCUGCUCUUCUUCAUGCGCUCCUUCAUCCGGCAGCAGGAGAACAACUUCCUGUCGCUGCGCAAGGACGUCUGGCCCAAGCUGUCCGACCGCGUCAAGCGCAUGCUGGGCUUCUACACAACGGGCGCGCUCGGCGGCGUCGACGGCGAGGUGAGGGAGGGCCUCUUUGUCGAGUGGAAGGAAGGAGUCGGCAAAAUGCGCGCGCCCCAUAAGGGGUAG